AUGAUGAUAUUAUUAAUAACAGUGGUCAGUCAGACAAGUCAGCUUCAACCUGUCAUUUCUGCAGCAGGCUUGUUUAAACCUACUACAGAUGAAGUUCAGCACAGGUGCAGCUUUGGUGACAAUUGGGAUGCUGAAGUUAAUGAAGAGAAACUCCCCAGAGUGGAUUCCUAUGGGUUUGAAAGGCCAGUAGACUUUGACUAUGCAACAUAUGAAGAAUUCUUUUCUAGAUACUUAGUGAUACUCACUAGAAGAGCAAUUAAGUGGUCCAAACUGUUAAAAGGAAACAAUACUGUAUCAAAAAGCUUAAAAGUGAAACGCUAUAUCAGGAAAGGCAUUCCAAAUGAGCACCGUGCAUUGGUUUGGAUGGUAGUAAGUGGUGCUCAGUCUCGCAUGGAACAAAACCCUGGAUACUACCAGAAAUUACUUGAAGGGGACAAAAAUGACAAGCUGGUGGAAACCAUUAAGACAGACAUGAAUAGGACAUUUCCAGAUAAUGUAAGAUUUCGCAAAACAGCAGACCCUUGUUUACAGAAAACACUUUACAAUGUGUUAGUGGCAUAUGGACAUCAUAAUCAGUCUGUGGGAUAUUGCCAGGGCAUGAAUUUCAUAGCUGGAUAUUUGAUUCUUAUUACAAGGAAUGAAGAAGAAUCCUUUUGGUUGUUAGAUGCUCUCAUCGGUCGAAUAUUGCCUGAUUAUUAUAGCCCAGAAAUGAUGGGACUGAAAACUGAUCAAGAAGUUCUUGGAGAGCUUGUAAAAAUGAAGAUUCCAGCUGUGGCAGAGCUAAUGGAGAAGCAUGGCAUUAUGUGGACUUUGGUGGUGUCCCGUUGGUUUAUUUGUUUGUUCAUUGACGUUCUUCCAGUCGAGACAGUGCUUCGAAUUUGGGACUGCUUGUUCUACGAGGGAUCAAAAAUACUAUUUCGUGUGGCCUUAACAUUGAUUAAGCAACACCAAACUUUCAUUUUAGAAGGCACUAACUUCCCAGAUAUCUGUGAUAAAUUUAAGCAGAUCACCAAAGGUCCAUUUGUAACAGAGUGUCACACUUUCAUGCAGAAAAUAUUUACAGAGCCUGGAAGUCUGCGGAUGGCUACAAUAGAAAAACUGCGAGAAACUUGUAGAGAAAAUCUGAUUGCACAGAGGUAAAUGGACAAUAAUAUAAAAUGUUGCAAAAAUGGGUACAUUCCAUCACUUCACUUAUGCACAAUUUCUGUUGACAGGCGCUUGACCAGUUCUCUCCAGCCUUUUUGUAUAAUAGUUUUAUUUUUUGUGAAGACAAUUUUCAUUUGUGAGAAUUGCACCAUGAGAAUGAAAUUAUUACUGUGGUAAUACCCCCCCCCCAAAUAAAGGCACUACUUGCAGGAAAUGUUGUCAUUUAAAUUUAUAAAUGUCUUCAUAUGAAAAUACAAAAUAAAUUCUAGU